GGCUCACAUAACACAGAAUUUGUCUUCCGGGGGGAUGCGAAAAGCAAAUCAUGAGACAUGGCCCUUUUGCAGUCAUUUCGGAAGUCGCUAUUCUCCGAAACUGGCCAAUCAGAAAGAGAGGCCCAUUGGUGCGGUCCCACCCAGUGAAGUUUAGAAGGAAAGCAUGGAGCUUUCGGUGUUUGACGAGUGUGCUCAAUCGCCUUUGCGCAUUGAAGAGAAAUUAUCUGCGAGGUGUGAAGCUUGGGCUUAUUCGCUUCCCCAUGCUUCCAAUGCUGACGCCCAGCAUCGUUCUCCAACUCCUCUUAGCCUUAUAUCUCUUGACCAAACAGGGCGUGGCAUCCAGUUCUGGUCAUCCAAUACACUGGAAUUUUGUUGGGCACACUACUAUUGCCGUUACACCGAAGAUCAUGUGUGCCUAUAGCUCUUUUCCUCCUCCUGGACUCAGUGUUGAAUGGAUCGUGGAUACAACGAAUUCGGAGAAAUAUCGUCUAGAGGCCGUUCCGUCUGUGGACGCAGAAAUAGUGAGAAAAAGGAGUCAAAUGGUCCGUUUCGGUGUAGAUCGCAUCGGACUGAACCUCGUCUUACAGCUGACCGCUAUUCAGUCGACAAGUCAGGGAGAGGCCCGACUGCCAAUUCGCCUGAAGAUCGACGAAAACGUGCUCCAGACCAUGGAUAGCAGACCUUUAGCUCUCCACCUCGUCCAGCAUUUAUCCAGCGCCGGUGACUCUAUUAUAUCCCACACUUUGUGGUGGAAUCCGCUGUCCAAUUCUGCCAGCUAUGUUGAUGACUACGUAGUACUGGUUUACAACAGCACUCACGUUAUGCAGACGGAGGCCAAAGAGAGGCAGAUCAGUUUGUCAAAUCUAUCUCCUGGCACGGUGUACAAGAUGUGUGUGGUGCAGGCGGACACAGUGUGUCGUGGAGUGGAAUGGUCUUGUCUAACAAGUAUUCUCCCACUCCAUCGGAACGAUCUCGUCCCAUCUCCUGGUGCUGAUGUGCGUCACCUAUCUGUUCUGGCUGUGGAUGCAACUUCAGUGCAGCUGUUGUGGUUGCCACCUGCACGGUCCACUCGGACAGCAAACAUGCGGGCUCCGCGUUUUUACUUUAUCGUCUUGUUACCAGGACGCGAACUGCGAUCCUGUUCACUGCAAACGUUCUACGUCCAAGCUCCAUGGAGUCAACCAGCAGAUUAUCAGCUGUUCACCGAGCUUGCCUCCGCUGCACUGUCGCAAUUCAUACCGGAAGGUUGUUUGCAAAAACGACCAAAGCCAGUUCAGCUCUAUCCUGUGGGCGUCUGGCCCGAUUGGGAGAAGUACGAUGAACAACUCGACGGAUGGGGCCGUGUAGGUGACUUCGUUGUCACUAUCGAUGGACUGACUCCCAAUCAAGAGUAUUCACUUCAUCUGUCACCGAUUUACAGCGAAAGUUACGGAGAAAUGACUACCACUCGCUUCGCUACUACUUCUUUAGGUGACGGAUGCAAUUUGCGACUGGAAAGUGUGAGUGGAAAAGAGAGCCGCCUCAUCUGGAGAAUACCCACAUAUAUAAUGAAAAGGAUCAGUCCGACGGAAUCUUUUGUGUUUCAAGUUGACAUAGAGCGCAUCGGACGUCCACCGCUGGAGACACUAACGGAUAUGUGUUUCGUCAAAUCAUGCACUAUGGGUACAGCAAGCAAACCACAAUUUCAACCGCAAUCCGCAAAUGAAGCACAACGCGUGUUGUGUCAGCGCUCACAAGUCCCGUUGGACCCUAUCAACUUUGAACAAGUUAUCCAGUUAUCCUGCUUGCUUCCGUGCGUAGUGUAUCAAAUCAACGUCACGUUACUCUCCAAUGAUCUAGGGGAUCCCGAGGGCUUCAGUUGCCAACGUCGCGUGAUUCGCCCUGGCCAAACCCCAAGACCGAUGUCCAAUCUGCGAGCCAGUGCCCUCUCUCAUGACAUGAUCCUGAUCCAUCUGGACAAGGAGCAGCACGUUUCCACUCAUGAUUAUUGUGCACCCGUCGGAUACGCAAUUCGUUUGUCCGAUCCUACCACAUUGGAAUCUACCUCUCCAAUGCUUCUGACAUUGGAAGACCUGGCUGGCGGGUCACAUUUGCCUCUGGUAUCACCCUCUUGGACCUCCGACGACAGUUCAUAUAAUAUGCUCCUAACUCAUCCUCUAGUGAAUGCCACAAAGCUUCACCUCACAGUGGAGAGUUUUGCUACAAGCAUGUCUCCCGGUGUCAAGGCGGAUGUGAAUCUGCGAAACUUGGAAUUUUCCUGCCAAGCGGAUUGCUUAUGGCCUUCUAUUGCUCCGUUUACUUUGUUCCACUCGAUUACGGGACGCGACUAUCGUGGUCAGUACGCUUCCUACCGUUCAAUGCGAGAAUCGCGACACCAGCUGUUCCAAUGCGGGCGAUCGCUUACUUCCGCGCGCAAACAAAUGACCAGGUGCAUGGCCCCAAACGGCUUUAUUCUCUCCAACCAAGCCUAUUGCCAAUCGGAGGACGGAUUCAACUUUUGCGCUAUCCCACGUUGUAAUGAGAUGGGUGUGUUGAUGAUAUUCUUUUCUGCUUUUUCGCUGUAG